CGCCAUUUCUCAGGCGUAUCGCGAAAAGAGGGUCAUAUGACAUCAGGAGAUCAAGUGACUGACUGACUGUGUGUAGCUGAGAGAAAAACUUUGGAAAAUCCGUAAAAAGAUGCGUUACACACUCGGUUACACCUUCGCUGGCUCACUGGUCUCAGUGUCAACAGUGCUGAUCCUGUACCAUGUCCUUACGGGCAAGGGCGAGCGGGUCAGUGUCGGCUGGUUCCUAGAGGAAACGUCUCCGUACAUGUGGGCGACGCUGGGAAUCGGAUUUGCUGUGGCUUUGUCUGUGGUUGGAGCGGCCAUGGGAAUUCAUACCACCGGAGUCAGCAUCGUCGGAGGAGGUGUCAAGGCUCCCCGUAUCAAGACCAAGAACUUGAUCUCCGUCAUCUUCUGCGAAGCCGUCGCCAUCUACGGAUUGAUCACUGCUAUCGUGUUGUCUGGUAUGUUGGAAAACUUCUCCUGGUCCACUAUCGUAGCCAACGAGAACAUCCGGAACAACAACUGGUUCUCCGGUUAUGUAAUGUUUGGAGCCGGAUUGGCCGUCGGAUUGGUGAACCUGUUCUGCGGUAUUGCCGUUGGAAUUGUUGGUUCCGGAGCAGCUUUGGCUGAUGCUGCCAAUUCAGCCCUGUUCGUCAAGAUUCUGAUCGUAGAAAUCUUCGGAUCAGCCAUCGGUCUAUUCGGUUUGAUUGUGGGCAUUUACAUGACUUCCAAAGUCAAGAUGGGAGACAAGGAGUAAAUAAUUUCCAACUAGUACGAUCAAUGCAUUAUCAGCACAAGCAGCAGAAAGUAUUUUCAACAUCAUCUUGAGGAGUCAAAGGAUUGUUGCCAGGGAUCAGCAACAGUCUUAAAACACAGAUAAAUUUUCACACCGAAAAUGGCCAUUCCAAGUUCCACAAUCCAGUAAUAGACAUCCAACAACUAGUGUAUAAUAUUCUUAGUAAAAGCUGAUAAACUUAGUCGUGUGUGCUUUUUCGGCUUCUUGCAAAAAGAAGGUCCCAAAUCUUCUUUCCUAAGGAAUUCAGUCUAUAUAAGUGUACAUUGGUAAAUAUUGUUUUGUUUUCUUAUUGAAUAAAUUUAUGUUACUUUCUCUCCGACAAAACAAAGAUGAUUAUGAACGAUUUAAAUCAUGUAAAGGAAAAGGAUUCUACAAUUUCGACCUGGACUUUUGUUAAGAACUAUUGUAUAAUCCUCAUCGAAAUAAGUAAAUAUUUUUUCUUCGAUAGGGUUCUUACUGUCCUGGUCGAAUUCGGAGUACCUUGGUUCCGAUAACUUAAAAACGCCGUUCAUUACAAAAACAACAAAAAAGUAGAUUCAUGUGUAACGAAAUAAAGGUAUCACACCCACCACCUAGAA